AUGGCGGCCUUCUGCGAGGGUUUCACGCUGUGCACCUUGCCGGGGGCUCCCGCUCACGCCCCGCUGGGGCUCGAGCCGGACGCGGACCGGGUGCUGCUCACGGACCGAGGCCGGACGGUGACGUUGUAUAAGGUUUCCGAUCAAAAACCUUUGGGUUGCUGGUCAGUCAAACAAGGACAAACAAUUACAUGCCCAGCUGUGUACAAUUCUGGAACAGGAGAGUUUAUUGUUGUCUGUGAUGACAAGGUUUUACAGAUUUGGAAGGAAGAAGACACUAAUUUGGAUAAAGUUUUUAAAGCCACAUUGUCAGCAGAUGUGUAUCGGAUACAUUCCCUUCCUCAUACUGAACCACUGGUGCUGUUCAAGAGUGGUGCCAUCAAGAGUUUAGAUGCUUUGCUAGCAGCACCACAACAAGAAAUUGAAACUAUUUUGUCAGAUGAGGUUAUUAGAUGGAGUGAUGCUUUCAUGGGGGCUGAACAACUUGUUCUCACAUAUGUUACUGAGCUGGAUGGGAAUUACUUCAUUUAUGUUCAGCAGUGUAAUCCAUACAUCCUUCAGAAGUUUAAACUUGAGAAGGGGAGUGAAUCAUCCACACCACUGAGCUUUGCAGCUUACUUGAAAAAUAAAAUUGUCACACUUCUGUGUUUGUAUUCUGAUGGGUAUGUGUAUAAGGUGCUUGUACCGCUGCAACAGAGUGGCUCUGAGGAAGAACAAAUUUUGCCAAAGUCAUUUCUGAUCAGACUUGUAGUAUCUGGCAGUAUUCUUAAAGGAACUUCAAUUGUCAUUCUUGAUAAAGAUCAUAUUGCCAUAACAGGAUGUCUGGAUUCCCCAGAUAGUAAUUUGAAAGAUUGUCUUUCUAUAUGGAAUAUAAAGUUUCAAACACUGCAGGCUUCAAAAGAAUUGCCACAGGGAACCACUGGACAGUGUUGGUGUUAUGGAGAUAAACUCUUCAUAACUCAUGGUAAAGAAUUAAUAGUCAUCCUGUAUAAGUGUGAAACCUCUUCCUUGGCUUCUGCUGUUGGGAAAAUCAAGAAUUCACAAACAUCAGAAAUGAAGACCCAGUCUGUCAACUGGAAUAUGCUUCAGGAAGAUGACUUCACACAUGUACAGCCAGAUCAGUCUCUACCUGUGAAAUGUGAAUCUAAGAGGCUGCUGAGAUCAAGAAAGAGCACUCAAUUUGAGACCUUGACGGCAGAACAACUUUGUUUAAUGAUCAAGGAAUCAUCACAAAAUAUAAUUGAAGAUAAACUGAAGAUAUUUUUGUCCUAUACUCAGAGGACAGACUUCCAAGCAUCAGUUGGAUAUGUAGUUUCAGCUCUGGUGAACAGGUGUAAAAUGGAGACAUCAUUUUAUCCUCGCAGUUGCCUCGUGGAACUGGUUCAGACACAAGGCCUCUCUUACAGUAUGUGCCCAGAGUUGAUGGCCAUUGCCUUGGAGAAAACAGAUGUACACUUGUUACAACUGUGUCUACAGCAGUUUCCUGAUAUCCCUGAAGAAGUUACUUGUGCUUGCCUGAGGACAUUUUUGAGCAUUGGUGAUGACUGCCUUGAAGCAAUGAAUGUGAAUUUAGAUUCUGUACCAAGCUGUGCUCAUAAUGCACACAAUAGUAAAACAGAAAAACAGUCUAAAAUUGUACAGAAUGGCUUCAGUUCUGAACUCAUGGAAGAGGAUAGCUGCGACACACAGUUAAAUCUGAAAUCUGAUACAGUGGACACAAGUGAAAUAUGCCCUGUUGGACCACAAAAGGCAGCAUUGCUAAAUACCAUUCUUCGUUCAGCAUACAGUGAAACAUUUCUUUUGCUUCAUUUGAAAGAUCUUUCUGCUGAACAAGUUAUUUUAUUUCUCCGAUAUUUGCAGUACCUGCACAUGAAAUGCAGUGAAGAAGCUACUACAGACCUAUCUGGAAUAUUUUCUGUGACCAUAAAUCAGAUCAUGGACUGGAUCUGCCUCCUUCUAGAUGCGCACUUUACAGUUGUUGUGAUGCUGCCAGAAGCAAGAGGGUUGCUUUCUAAGCUACACAAGUUUGUCAGAGCCCAAGUACGUUUUUACUCUGAACUCAACAAGAUUGAAGGAAGCUUAAAGCAGUUACAAAGGAUACAGCACCCAGAAGAUGGUUUAUAUUCCAUUGAAAUACUGAAACUAGUUUGAGCUUGGCUUAUUUUCAUCAUAAAAUUAAUAUGAAUCUGU